AUGGCUUUGGGCAGUAUAUCUCUCUCUCCCUCCCUCAACCCCUUUCCUCAACUAAGUUCCACAUAUGUUGCCCACCUCUUCUUUUUUUUCUCUCUCUCUCUCCUCUGCAAAAUCUCCCACCUUCUCUUAAGCUUCUUUUUUCUCUCUCUCUCUCUCUCUCUCCUCUGCAAAAUCUCCCACCUUCUCUUAAGCUUCUUUUUUUUCUCUCUCUCUCCUCUGCAAAAUCUCCCACCUUCUCUUUCUUUUUUUCUCUCUCUCUCUCUCCUCUGCAAAAUCUCCCACCUUCUCUUAAGCUUCUUUUUUUUCUCUCUCUCUCUCCUCUGCAAAAUCUCCCACCUUCUCUUAAGCUUUUUUCUCUCUCUCUCUCCUCUGCAAAAUCUCCCACCUUCUCUUAAGCUUCUUUUUUUUCUCUCUCUCUCUCUCUCCUCUGCAAAAUCUCCCACCUUCUCUUAA